AGUCUAUUAGGCUUAGUAAAAAAAAAGAACAGGUAACUUUGGGCUUCUGCCUUUUACAUGGUGAGCCGCAGGAGACAGCAGGUACUGCAGGAUCCUAGUAAAAAUGAAGACAGUCUUGGUUCUCCUGCUUGCUGUAGCUUUUGGGAAUGCACUAGAGAGAGGUCGAGAUUAUGAAAAGGAUAAAGUCUGCAAAGAGCUUGCCAUGCUUGGAAAAGAGGACUUCAGAUCUUUAGCUCUCGUCUUAUACAGCAGAAAAUUUUCAAGAGGCACAUUUGAACAGGUCAGCCAGCUUGUGAAGGAUGUUGUCUCCUUGACUGAAGAAUGUUGUGCAAAAGGAGCUGACCCUGAUUGCUAUGACACCAGGACCUCAGAGCUGUCUGUGAAGUCCUGUGAAACUGACUCUCCUUUUCCAGUGCACCCGGGAACUUCGGAGUGCUGCUCCAAAGAGGGCCUGGAGCGGAAGCUCUGCAUGGCCGCCCUCCAUCACCAGCCACAAGAAUUCCCCACCUAUGUGGAGCCAACCAAUGAGGAAAUCUGUGAGGCGUUCAGGAAGGAUCCAAAGGGAUUUGCUGACCAAUUUUUGUAUGAAUAUUCCAGUAGUUAUGGACAGGCUCCUCUGCCACUUUUAGUCAGUUAUACCAAGAGUUAUCUCUCUAUGGUAGGAUCCUGCUGUACCUCUGCAAACCCAACUGUAUGCUUUCUGAGAGAGAGACUCCAGAUUAAACAAUUAUCACUUCUUACCAGUAUGUCAAAUCGAGUCUGUUCACAAUAUGCUGUUUAUGGAAAGGAGAAAUUGAGGCUCAGUCACCUCAUAAAACUAGCUCAAAAAGCACCUGCUGCUGAACUAGACCAUGUUUUGCCACUAGCUGAAGAUGCUACUAACAUCCUUGCAAGAUGCUGUGAAUCUACCUCUGAAGACUGCAUGGCUAAAGAGCUGCCUGAAUACACAGUAAAAAUCUGUGACAACUUAUCCUCAGUGAGUGCUAAGAUUAAAGACUGUUGUCAAGAAAAGACACCCAUGGACAUUUUUGUGUGCACUUACUUCAUGCCAGCUCUCCAACCAGCCCAACUGCUACCUGUUAAGUUGCCUGUAACUCAAGACCUGUGUAAUCAACAAAACACCAAAGCUGUGGCUCGGUACACAUUUGAGCUAAAUAAAAGGACGAAUAUUCCAGAAGUGUUCCUCAGCAAAAUACUUGAGCCAACCCUGAAAAGCCUCAGUGAGUGCUGUGACUUACAAGACCCCAGCACGUGUUUUAAUGAUAAGAACCCUCAACUGACAGUGGUACUAAAUUCUUUCCUUGGAAAGGUCCAUGAACUAUGUGCCGAUUAUUCAGAAAACACAUUUACGGAGUACAAGAAAAAACUCACAGAGCGACUAAGAGCAAAAUAUCCUGAUGUGAUGCCUGAUUAUUUGGAAGCGCUAGUUCACAGAAACUCAGACUUCGCCUCCAAGUGCUGCUCCAUGAACUCACCUCCGCUCUACUGUGACUCUCUGAUUGAUAAUGAAAUGAAAGACGUCCUGCAGUUCUGAUGUGUAUAGUAUCUUUGACCUAGAGCUGAAACUUUCCCAGAGAACGACAUCUGAUGGCCCAAACUAAGCAAAACCACUGAAGCUUCUAGUGAGAUUACUUAGAUACUCCCUACCUCUUCCACCUAUAACAUGUUCAUUCAACGGUCAGCAUGAUGAUCUCCUCUAAAAAUAAA